CUGCUGAUGAGCCUGGAGGACACUAUUCCAGCCUGGGCAUUGCUAUUAUUCGUUAAUCUGCAGCCCUGGAAUGUCUGCGGGCCAAUCAGCAGUGUCUUCGAGGGCUCCCCGAGGGCUCCAAUAAUCCUGCAAUGAUUAGCAGGGGCCACGGGGUCACUGCAAACCACUCAGUAGCCCCGUGCUACUCCUCGAGAUCGUGAAUAGCUCCGUCCAGUCUGGGAAGUAAACUGGACUGCUGAGCCAGGCAGAGCCCAGAGCCAUCACCAGGCCCAUGUUGAGGCUGGAGCCCUCGCCCAGGCCUGGAGGCCACCGGCCUGGCCUCCUGCCCUUGCUCCUAGCUCUCCUUGGCACAACGUGGGCAGGGGUACAGCCACUCCAGCUGCAGGAGCAGCGGGUUCCAAUGCCUGAAGUCUUGAGCAAGAAGGAGAGCUUCCUCCUCGUUUCCCUGCACAAUCGCCUGCGAAGCCGGGUCCACCCGCCUGCGGCCAACAUGCAGAGAAUGGACUGGAGCGACAGCCUGGCCUGGCAAGCCCAGGCACGGGCGGCCCUCUGCGGUGCCCCCGCCCCGAGCCCGGCCUCUGUUCCGCGGGCCGCCCGGCACGUGGGCUGGAACGCGCAGCUGCUGCCCGCGGGCUCCGCGACCUUCGUGCACGUAGUGGGCCUGUGGUUCUCCGAGGGGCGGCAGUACAGCCACGCGGCGGCGGAGUGCGCCCCCAACGCCACCUGCGCCCGCUACACUCAGCUCGUGUGGGCCACCUCGAGCCAGCUGGGCUGUGGGCGGCACCUCUGCUCUGGGGCCCAGGGCGAGCUGGAAGCCUUUGUCUGCGCCUACUCUCCCGGAGGGAACUGGGAGGUCAACGGGAAGACCAUCGUCCCCUACAAGAAGGGCGCCUGGUGUUCGCUCUGCACGGCCAGCGUCUCGGGCUGCUUUAAAGCCUGGGACCACGCAGGGGGGCUCUGUGAGGUCCCCAGGAACCCGUGUCGCAUGAGCUGCCGGAACCACGGCCAUCUCAACGUUAGCACCUGCCACUGCCACUGCCCCCCCGGAUACACAGGCAGAUACUGUCAAGUGCGGUGCAGCGUGCAGUGUGUGCACGGCCGGUUCCGGGAAGAGGAGUGUUCCUGCGUCUGUGACGUCGGCUUCGGGGGAGCCCAGUGCGCCACCAAGGUGCGCUUUCCCUUCCACACCUGCGAUCUGAGGAUCGACGGAGACUGCUUCACGGUGUCCUCGGAGGCGGACACCUACUAUGGAGCCAAGAUGAAAUGCCAGGGCAAGGGCGGGGUGCUCGCCCAGAUUGAGAGCCAGAAAGUGCAGGACAUACUGGCCUUCUACCUGGGCCGCCUGGAGACCACCAACGAGGUGACCGACAGUGACUUUGAGACCAGGAACUUCUGGAUCGGUGAGUGCCUGGGUGAUGUGUGGGGGGGUGCUGUGUGUGUCCGCGCACGAGCAGUGCUCGUGGGGCUGGGACGCCCACGCCCCUCCAGGGAUCUGCGCUGUGGUAACCCAGAGCCCUGCCAGCAGUCAGGGCAUGGUGAGGGCUCGGAGCCCAGAAUGGAGCCACAAGUCAGGCUGAUGCGUCCCCUCCCCAAGGAGAGAGCUGACAGAGAGGAGCCGGAAGUGCUGGGAACGGGGUCUCAGGGCUGGGGGCCCACUGGGCAUCAGGCAGCAGGCUCCGGACAGGCCCUCAGCCCAGGGAGUGGGUGGGGUCUGGAGACCUUGGGUGUGGGGCCAACCUUGGCUGCUGUGGCCCAGGGCUCACCUACAAGAGUGCCAAGGACUCCUUCCGCUGGACCACUGGGGAGCACCAGUCCUUCACCAGCUUCGCCUUUGGGCAGCCAGACAACCAGGGGUUUGGCAACUGCGUGGAGCUGCAGGCGUCGGCCGCCUUCAACUGGAAUGACCAGCGCUGCAAAACCCGCAACCGCUACAUCUGCCAGUUUGCUCGCGAGCACAUCUCCCGCUGGGACCCAGGGACCUGAGGUUCAGCUGUGCCCCUCCCCAGCCAGUGCCUGGGCACACAGCCCCACUGGCCCGCCUGCCCUCCUGUGUAGAACCAGGGCCUGGCUGGGACUGCGGCCAACAACCAAAGAGGUCUCAGACCUUGCAGGACGUCGGGCGGGGUACAAGAGAGGCCGACAGAGGCUGGUGGAGGAGGAGGGGAGCCUGGGUGCCCCCACCCCCGGCCUGCUUUUGAUCAGGAAGAUGGGGCUUAAUCAGGCCCUGAAACAGGAGUCCAGACCAGCAGGGAGAAGCGCCUGCUCUGGUCCACCCAGGCUGGACCCUCUGGGACAGAUGGAGGCUCCCCACCCCUCCACGGUGCAUGCCACAAAGGAUUAAACUAAGUUAUGGAUGA